AUGGAGCCGCAACACCCCCAGCCACGCUCGCGACCCUCGUUUCCGCAUCUCCAAAACAUCACCCUGCCGCCGGCGCCGUCCCAGCCCGGCCAGCGCACCGCCAAUAGCACGCCCAUGUCGUCGCCGGGCCUCUUCAGCCCGAGCCUCUCACGCUCCAACAUGUCCUUCCCCGCUUCGCAGCCCGCCUCGGAGAGUACGACGCCCGCCGUGCUCAACAGCCCGUUUCUGCACCCGCUGCAGACUCACAAGGUCCGAGAGACACACAAAGCCAACGUCGAGCACGACUACACAACCGGGCGGAAGCUCAUCAACCACUAUGAGAUCAUUGAGGAGCUUGGCCGAGGCAUGCAUGGCAAGGUCAAGCUCGCCCGAAACCUCGAGACAGGGGAAAAUGUCGCCAUCAAGAUCAUCCCGCGCUUCUCAAAGAGGCGGCGGCUCGGGAAAGUCACGGCCAUGGACACACAGGACAAAAGCAAGAGGGAGAUUGCCAUCCUCAAGAAGAUCCGGCACCCCAACGUUGUCGCGCUGCUAGAAAUCAUCGACGAUCCCGAGUUGAAGAAGAUAUACAUCGCCCUGGAGCACGUCGAACUCGGCGAGAUCAUAUGGAGGAAGAAAGGCCUCCCCCAUAUCUGCUCGUACGAGCGACGCCGUGUCGAGCGGGAGAUGCGUGGAGAAAAGGCCACUCCUGAAGAAGAACGAUAUGAUCGCAUCCUCGAGCAACGGCAGCAAGUAAAGGAAGCCAAGCGGGCAAAAAUUUCCCAGGGUCAAGUUGGCUCAACCAACGAUUAUUGGAGCCUCGAAUACGGCGGAACCGACGACGACGAUUACGAAUCUCAGUCCCGGUCGCUAGGAAGGGACGAGGCCGAUGCACUGUCCGCGUCGAUGGAGCCGACUACCGACACCGCAACGGGCCCUAAGGUCGCUUCGCGAGCACCCUCACGUACGCACUCGACUAGGUCAAUCUCGAGAGCCGCAUUUUCGCACACACCUGACUCCGAUUUCGGGUUCGUGCCCAAUGAAGAUGACUUGGAGACGCCGAGCGCUCUCCGCUCCAAUCCUAACUCGUCGAGCGCGCUGGAUGGGACCAUGUAUGGCGCCUACGUUGACGAUCCCACGCUCCGGGGCAGGUCGCCGAGCAUGGCCGACUCGAUCAUCUCCCACAUGUCUUCGCUCGACUUUAGCAGAGUCCACGACCCAUAUGUCGAUGACUUUUCCUACGUUCCAUGCUUUACGCUUGAAAAGGCAAGGCAAACCUUCCGCGAUACAGUGUCGGGCCUGGAGUACCUUCACUACGAGGGAGUUGUGCACCGAGAUAUCAAGCCAGCGAACCUUCUUUGGACUAAGGACCACCGCGUUAAGAUCUCCGACUUCGGAGUGUCUUAUUUCGGACGCCCUGUCCGCGACGGAGAACCCGACGACACCGUCUCCGAGUCUGAGGCAAAGGACUUUGAUAAUGAUCUCGAACUUGCCAAGACGGUCGGCACACCGGCCUUUUUUGCCCCCGAACUCUGCUACACCGACGCGUACGACGACCAGCCGGGCCAGCAGCCUAAGAUCACCGAGCAGAUUGAUGUUUGGUCGCUGGGAGUUACCCUUUAUUGCCUCAUCUUUGCCCGCAUACCCUUCCUGGCGGAAGAUGAGUGGCAGAUGUUCAGAAAGAUCGCUACUGAGGACGUUUACAUCCCGACCAAAAGGCUGCGGCCUGUCGACCCCUCUACGAAGCCAGACGAGAAGUCGCUGUACCAGCGUGUGAACAGCGCACCAUACCGGGAUGACGAUGAGCUGGCAUACGAGGACAUCGACAAAGACCUCCGGGAUCUUCUUUUCAAGAUGCUCACCAAGAAUCCGGAGAAAAGGAUACGGCUACGCGAUGUCAAACGCCACGCGUGGGUUACCAAGGGAAUUAGUAAUGUCGUUGCGUGGCUCGAUGAGACAGAUCCCUCGCGGCGAACAUCCGGCAGGAAAAUCCAGGUCGAUGAACGCGAGGUUGCUCGUGCUGUUGUGCCCCUCACCCUUCUCGAGCGGGCCAGGUCCGCUGUCAAGAAGGUUGUGGGCAAGGUGAUACACCCGCGUGGCGAUCGGGCUGAGAGCGUCUCUUCGCGGAGGCGCGCUGGAAGCAGUGCCGCCAGUUCCGCGGGAGACAGCCCAAUCCACGGCCCGUCCACACCACACCCACGAGACGCAAGACGCAGAAGCAUUCGGCCCGAUGAUAUUUUUUCUGGCUUAUCACAGGCGUCCAGCGAGCACCCGCUGACGCAGAGCGUGGUGGCAAGCCCGCUUGACUCGUCCUUUGAAGAGGUUUCGGCUUCGUCAUCUACCCAGCCUCUAUCGACAUCGUCGACAGGGGGCCCAUCCUCUCGCCAGCUUCUCGACCUAGUCACUAGCCUUAAUACGAAAGAAGAGUCGCCGAAUCGGUCGCCACAUGGAUUCCAAAGGAGGUCUCCUCGCCACGGUCAUACUCGCUCCGUCACAAAUGCCUUCCUAAGCCUCACUCCCAACCCGAGCGAACCCCAGACGAUGCCGGUAACCCCUUUGUUCGAUGGCCCGGCAGAUGAUCCGAGCACGGCAUUGAGAAAGGGCCGCGACAUGAGGCCGCCUAGUGCAUAUGAUUCGACACGAUCACGGUCCGUUGAUCGCGGCUUGUUCGCUAGCAACGACAAGCGCGCCGAGCCCAAAGUCUCGUUGAGCACGGCUGUCGCCCCGGGCAAUGUCCACUUCUCGCCACGGCCCCGCCCUCUACGAUCGAGCGAAAUCAUGAAAGAGUUUGAGAAUUCUGCCCUCGCCAUGUCUUCCAAGUCGUUACCUGGAUAUCAGUACGAGCAACGCGCUGCUACCGAUCGGGAAGAGAGGCCCGUGACGGCCCACCGUGUCAAGGAGCAGGAGCAGGCUCGUCCUCCGACUCCGCAACAGUCUUGGCCCAACCCGUCAAGGCCGUCGUCGUUCCUGCGGAGACAAGCCCCAGAGGGCCUUUCCCAGCGUGCCGAUACACCGUCUGAUGUUGACCCGGCGCAGAUACCGUGUCCGCCAUCGCCUAGCGAUGAUGUGUUUGUGGCGCGGCCGUCGCUUCCGUCCCGAGAGGAGACAAUGGUCACGGCUGUGUCUUCGAGCUCGACGUCGAUGGGCGGGCUCACGACGCCCUUGACUAGCUCAAGCGAGUCUACCAGUCCUAUAUACGUCAUUAACCCAAUUACCUCGAAAGACGCCGACCAUAUUCUAGCUUUUCAGUCUGAUCCCUCCCUGCCGGCUCUUCUUAGUAGUACUAGCUCGGUCUCUGCAGAUCUUGAGGGAGAGUUUCUCGGCAACCCAGGAAUCGUGGGACGGUCUUCGGUCAUCGACACAACGGACUCGCUCACCCCGCCAGCCUUUGCAAAGGAGCCCGUCGCCGGGUUUCCGCUCGAGGAUGAACCGGGGCUAGAUGACGUGGUUACCGUGGAGCUGGACCACCGUGCUGGAGCGAAGAGCGCGCCAUCUCUGGCAACGUCACACUCGGCUGCCCCACGGAGCCAAGCGGACGGCGAUGACGAGAGCGACAGCGACGAGGGGCUUCUCAUGGCGAAAUCGAAGAAGCACGCAUUGUCCAGAGAACGCCACUCGAUGGGGAGACUAGCCGGCAGCACAAGGCGGAGAGACACGAAUGCAAGUGUCGGCAGCACCGAGACAGCCAAGAAGCUCGUCGUAGAUAGCGACUGAGUCAUUUUUGGGCAUCGUUUCCAAUCAGAUAUAUCGACGGGCGGGUGCAAAUAGACAGACGCAUUGCCUUUAUUUCUUGUCGCCUUGCAUUUCGCUCCCGCCCCUCGUGG